UUUUUGCUUGUUUGUUUUGUAAUGAAAUACAAUUCAAUUCAGUGAACACUCUUAAAUGGUGCUUUAGACAUUCAUUGCAUAAUUUUUUCAUCUUCAGUUAAGUAACACAAAGGAAAUGAUAUUUUAGGUCAAGCAAAUCUCAUUUGAGUUGGUUAAUACUUUUAGUUGACUAAUGGUGACUUGCUGCGGAUUGCCACAGAGGUGGGAGGAAAAACCUGAGAGAAUUUAUUAGCAACUUCCCAUGUUGAAAGAUCACUUUCUGAGGCGUGUUCCUUCAUAUGCUUGACCUGUUUAUCCUACAAACCUCCCACUAGUGGCACUUUUCCUUUGUCCUGUUGUCAUGGAAGGAUAUAUCAUUUCAGAGUAAAAACUUACACUUACACAACUCGGAUAGGAAGUUUCAGCACCUCUGCUCUACUUUUUUUUCCUCUCAAAGUGCAUCUCAUGCUAUAGACACCAUGGGAGAGUUUGAAUCAUUGUGGCUGCCCAAGUCCUGCUGGAAGAACACGUGUUGUGUCUAGACAAGUGCACAUAACUUGCUGGAUGUUUCAUUUAAUGUUAAACCUCUAAUGACAUUUGAGAAAUUACACAUGCAUCGUGUUGCUAGCAGAUUCUUUUAAUAGGUUCUUCUAACACUUUGACUCCUUGCCAUCUCAGUAAGGUUUGGAUAGCAGUAACCAAACACUUGCAGUUGGACAAAUACAAGGUAGGCAUUCUUGUCCCAGGUGAGAGUGUAAACAUAGUUGUUUCAGAGGCAGCAGUUAUAGCCUAUGCUUUAUGCUGACACUACAGCUAUCAUUCCCAGGACCCUCAGUGCAAACAUGAAGCAUAAAUAGGACCAUUCCCUCAUCUGAGGAAGUCUAGAUUUAAGAAGACCAGGCAAAAAUGUUCUUGUUAAGAACAGUUCAUUUGGAUUACCAGAUUUCUGUCAAGCCCAGAGUGCUUGGUUUGAAAUGUCUUGUGUUAGAGCAGAAUUUCUGGCUCUAGUUCUUGCAGAACCAUCUCUUGUUGUUUCCAGGAGGCCCUGAAGCUUGUCAGCAGUCCUGUGCGGCUGGGAAUAGCACAUUCCUUAAAAUGCCACCCAUGGGCCUCAGCUAAAGAACUCAGCGGCAGGUGACAGCAGCUGUCCAGUAGGGUGGCUAAUGUCAUUUCCAAAGUCUAGUCUGGACAAGAAGUAAGCUUUGCUUGAAGCAGACCAGGGGGAACCUCAUAGGAGAGGAAAAAGACCUUGGCAAAUGUUUAUUAAAGGGAGUUAAAGCAACACUGUUCUUGCCAGAGCCCUAAAAUGCCUCUUAAAGAAAUCAAGAAUUGAAGAGCUAAGGUCCCGAAUGUGUUUUAAAGGUAUAGGGCAGUUAAGCAAGGUGAUUGCGUUAUACAAAAGAAUCUGUAAGAGUCACAGUGGAAGAACCUAGAGCUGGGGCUUCCUUGGGAAAAGUAUAGGACAGAAGGAAGCCCAAGCCAGCUGUUUUAGGCAAUCAUGGUUUAAAUCUUCCCUUAGGAAAGUCCCCAUAAUGUACCUGAGUAGUACUGAAAAGCUAUACUGAUUGCAACACUUGAGAAAGGCCUGUAUCCAUGGCCACUCUGCUAAUGCUCUUGACAGACCCAUUAAAUGAUAUUAGCUAACAUACGCAGUUUAUUUGUGUUUUUUUUUUCUAGGUUGGCAAUCCAAAACAAACAGGUGCUACUGGAAAGUUUUAUGUUAGUCUUCCUGUAAUACAUAACAAAAUCCUGAUUGUGCCAAAUGUGUAUAAAGCAAGUGAUAGAGUGCUCUAAAUGUCAAGUCUGGUAAAACCUUCAGUCAGUGAGUUUGAGGUCAGCCUAAAUCUUUACCACUUCACAUUAUUUGGUUCUUCCUUCUCUUUCUUCUUUUAUUAUGUCAGUUUGAGAAAAGAACCACAGACUGCUACAGAAAAAUUACUUCAGGUUUUAUAAAAUAUUCUCUUCUAAUUUUUAGACAAACAUGUAUUGGUUUCACCUGAUUCAUGAGCAGUUUCAGCUUACCUAGAGCUGUGUUUCUAAUGAAAUUAAUUACCCUUUUUUCUUUCUUUCUUUUUUGCCUAUCUCAAUUCUAGUCUACAAAUAUGGAAAAUGUCACGUCUCUCAUUAUUGCCAAGGCAUAAUGAGGCUUUUUUCUACCUCUAUGAAUUGAAUAUUUUUUGAAUGCAUUAAAUACUUCAAAAUAUUUUUAAGUGCAAACUCACAUUUGUUAAUACUGGAAAGCAACUUGAUGUUCAGGCUGUGGAUUUUGGCUCCGGCUACUCUCUCCUUAUCCAGAUCAUUGCGGUCUGUACAUUUCUGGAAUAUUCUCAACCAUGCAAUAGUACUGGAAAAGAACUGACAAACAUGCAGAGUUGAAGUAGGAUGACUCCUGUACAAAAAGAUUGCUCUGUGUGUGUGUUUUCCAGGAUGUUAUAAGUUAGUAAAUCAAGCUCACUUUUUGUAAGCAAUUUCCUUUUUGUUUGCAAAUGACACAGAGCUUUCUCAAACCAUUUUGGGUGAUACAUUCUGUAUCCUCUCAAGUGAUUUCUUCCUUUCUUCCUUACCUUUGCAGAAGUUAGGCAGAAAAUAAGCAGUUUUCAACUUCUUUAGUGUUCAGAAACAUUAAUUGUAAUGUUUUCUUUGAUUGUACCUGAAUUUCUUGGAUUCCUUCCUUCCUUCUUAGAUUAGAAGGAAGAUGAAGUUGUACUGAAGCAAAUUUAAUAUAACCAACAGCUCAGAUUGGUAGGAAGCUUUUUUUUUUUUUUUUUGCUAUUUUUCAUCAAUAAUUCCUACUUUAUAUUUUGCCUUCAACAUUCAGAGGUCUACUUCUGAGAAAAGGUGAUUGACUACCAAAAGGAACUAUAGGAUAGAAUAACAUUAGUUUUGAACUAGAGAGAUCUUCCUGUAGAAAACCAGAUAUUCAGCUUUUUGUCCCAUAGAAAGAAGCAACAGGCAACCAGCACCAUGAUAAAUCAAAUCAGACGUACCAUGCCCUUCAUAGCCUGCACUCUCAGAAGAUCAGAGGUUAAUUUCUUCCAACAGGCGUAUAAUUUGUUCAUGAUUGCAUCAAACCAUUUUCACUCAGGAUUAUUUCUAGAACUGUUCCCAACCAGGUCUAACACAUACUUAGUGAAAACUGGUUUCUUCCCUCAUAUAAGGAUUUUUGUCAGACAGUCAUGCAAAUGCUAAACGUAAUGAAAUCACUGUUGCAUCACAGUAACAUUAGAGAGACUGAACAAGUUGCGUGUGGAACUUUUGUGCUUGGGAUUUAUUUUGUAUUUCAUCACUGAUGAUUAUGCAAUAUCUAAAUCCCCUGUUUUGGCUCUGCUCAUAUGUUCCUUUAAACUGGUGCCUUCUCCUGCCCUUUGCUCUGUUUUAAGCAAUUGGAAAUUACAGAAGGGAGUUUCCUGUUUUGUUCUCUAUUUCCUGGUUGAUCAGAUGUGUUGCUAUAAUUAUUUAUUUUCAGCAGUCUAUCCAAGGACAUUAGUAUAUAAUGAAAUAUCUCUUUGUGUAGACAGAUAAAAAUGGAAGUUUUGGUAAAUUACCAGUCAAUCGAAAAUUGUCAAUAUAAUUCUAAUUUCAGACAGCAGAUAAAGAUAUAGGCAGUGGCUGACAUUACUGUAGGCGAAAGAUGGUUUUUUUUUUUUUUCAAUUCUAUUUGCUAUUAGACCUAUGCCCAUAUAACAGUGACUAUAAGCUGUAGCAUACUAACCAGUGAUUAUAAAAUCCCUCUUCUGUGUUAAUAUUAAUGAUAGUUAGUGGUAUGCUUUAAGCCUUGCACUUGUAUGACUUCUGGGAUCUCGUAGCAGAACCACUUAGUCAAACAGGUUACCAUUGUGGGCCCAUAUUUUAAAAAUCUUUCAAGCUGUUUUCCAAAUCAUGUGCAGUUCUAAAUUCCCCAUGUGUAUAUAGCUUCUCACAUGCACAACUUCGCAUGAAAACACACACAGUCUCAUUUAUGGAAUUCAUGUGUACUUAGGGAAAUCAGAUCUGUUUCUGUGCUGUUCAGUUCCACUGCUCUGUGAUGGGUAGAGUGAUGGGGCAUGCUUGUCCUCUAGAAAUAAUUCCCCAUUUUCCACUGGUCCAGGGAUGUUUAUCAAGGUUCAAUUUUCAAGUCCCUUCAGAAUUUCAGAGCAUGGUAUUGUGGGUAAAAGCCCUUUGAGAUUUAAAAAAAAAAAAAAAAAAAAAGCAGCACAUGAUGUGGACACAACAGUCUCGACUCAGGAGAGAGGGGACAUGGAGGCUGUGGCUUUGCAGCUGGAGCCUGAGUGCUGUCUUCCCAGAUCUUUUGUUUUACUGUCCUCAUGUUGCUCAGAACUACUGUUUUCUCAGUAUUACCCUGGAAAAGGUUCUAUUUUCCCUGUUGUUUCUGCUCUUUUUAUAGUUCUAACUGAACUGCUCUGCAGCUUCAGCAUCUAGUCUGCCUUCACAUCAUCUUUUAAAGAACAUACAGUAGGAAUGUGGCCUGCUUCCCCAACUUUCUUUCUGGCCCCUGGAACAAAAACUGAGGAAUUUUAAGAGAGGUCGAAGACUUUGUAGAUCUAUGCUUUGGUAUUUUGUCCUACUGCAAGUAUGUCAGCAGGGAGAGAGCAGGGUUUGUGAGAGGAUCUAAGGAGAGAAAUUCGUAGGGGAGAAAGCUGAGAAACGUGUCACAAAAGAAAUGUCAGGAAGAAACAAGCUAGGAAACUGAAAGAAGAAAAGGAAUGCUAGUCCUAACAGAAAUGUCAGGAGGUAAAAAAAAAAAAAAACAAUAAUAAUGUGGGCUUGACUACAGCUUGGGGAGGAAUUCAAACAAAAGAUCAUGCUCAGGGCAGGGUUGUGGCCAGUUAAGUUUUGAAGUAUUCAGAGUGAGCUUUCACAUCCCCUCCUGAACAGCCUGUCCCAGUGCCUCACCAGCAUUGCUGUGAAGAUGUUUUUUCCACUGUCGGAUACAAAUUUCCCUUCUCAUAGCUUGUGGCUGUUGCCUCUUGUGCUUUGUGCUGUGCCCCUCCAAAGAGACUCCUGGGCACAGCCCUGCCCACACAGCCCUGUGGGCAGUUGCGGCCUUCCCAAAGAUGGCGGCACCUCGCUGAGGCAGCAAGCACAAAGCAACCAAGAUUGCUGUCUGUCUUACAGCAAAGUCCGUCUGCCUCGGAAGGUCAUUAAGGGCUUUACUGAACAGCUGUCUGGUGAAGUCUGUGAUAUUGAUGCCAUCAUUUUCCACACCGUCAGGGGACUGAAAGCCUGCGUAAAUCCUAAGGAAGACUGGGUGAAGAAGCAUCUUCUUUUCCUGAGCCAGAAGCUCAAGAGGAUGUCAAUGUGAUAUGGUUUCCAGCUGGGAACUAAACGCAGACGUGGCUGAAGAACCACUUGGUUCAACCUCUUGGUUGAGGUUGUCAUGUUGUACACUGUUGUGUGCUUACUCACCACUAUCUCUGGCUUCUUUGGAACCGUUGAACUUCUGGAGUUGAUUCAUAUUGCAUCACUGUUUUGCUUGAAUUAAGCAUUUUGUUGACGUUUCUAGGUUUACUAAUACGACAUGAGUACUAUUUAGUAAAGACUUCAUUAAGCUAUUGUACAGAGCAUGAAUUGUAUUAGGCUUAUUGCAUAGCACUAUUGUGUUGUUCAGCAUUUGUAAAUCUUUGUAAAGGUUAUUUAUUCUGUUUAUUUUGUUACUGCUUGGCACUAUCUUGUGCCAAAAUUUUCCUUUUAACUGGAGUUAGCAUUAUAAUACUUUUUAGGCUGUUGUUUAAAAAAGUGCUUGUGGGGAAAAAAAUGGAAACUGGAGUUAAAAAUAAAUGUUAAAAACUGCA